AUGCGUCCCCCCGACCAAGCACCCCCCCGAGGCCCCGACCGGCGCGGCCUCACGCCCGAGUGGCCCGCCGACCGCCCCCCGUCAGAAGCUCCGUGUCCAGGGAAUAGAGCGCUCUAUUCCGGCGGGGCCGCAACGCGCGAGGAUGCGGUCCUCCGGGAGUCGCUGCUGGAGCAGCCGGCCGCGGCCGCGGCAGAGGGCGGCGUGCCCAAGGGGUACUUCGCGGUGUACGCCGGGGAGGAGUCCCAGCGGUUCGUCGUGCCCACGGGGUACCUCCGGGAGCCAGCGUUUCGGGACCUCAUGGGGCGCGCCGCCGCCGAGUUUGGCUUCACGCAGGCCGGCGGCGCGUGCCGUGCACCCAGGAUGAUUUCAAGGGUGCAAGUAAAUUAA